GUAAUCAGUAACACGUAUGACGUCCGCACAGAUGAAGAAUUCACCGUCCUUACUGCCUGUCGCUGCAACUAUUAUGCUCAACAUCAGGCGCCGUGCAAACAUAUGUAUCUAACCGCAAAGGUUUUCACAUUGACAUUCUCAGCUCGUUCUUUUCAGUCAUUCGCCGCUGUUUCCUUCACCCUGACACAACAGUCGCAUGUAUCAACUUCGAACGACAUUUGAUCACCUGUCAGUUUCCCAAGGCAACGACGAUUCUGCACAUGGACGGACCUUCUCCUGCUGAGAAGAACGCGACCAACGAAGAACGUCAAUCAAAACGCACAAAAGCCCUUUCCAAGGCCAACAAGCUCUUGACCAACAUGGAAGAGACCCUCGAGAACAACAGAAAACUACGGAAACAGCAGUUCAAGACUGUCAACAAAGCCAUUGUCGACCCCUAUUUCAAUCAUGAUCUCCGCCAAGCACUUGCCCAGCAUCUUGUCACAAAUGGCUGGAAUGUCUGCAGAUGCCGUUCGGAAGCAGAUACCCGCAUUGAGUCCAUUUGCCAGCAACAGGAUAUUGUCAUCACUCGUGACAGUGACUCGCUUAUCUACAGCAACAUCACCACAAUCUGGAGACCCUUUGGCCGAAACCGGUACCUCGUCUAUAAUGUCCCGGAACUGUUACGCCACCUUCAGCUCUCAAGAGCAGGAUUGACUACCCUUGGAGUCGUUACCCAGAACGACUACGGCAAGGGGAUCCACAAGCUCGGUGUCAAGGCAAAUUUUAUGAUUAUUUUGGCUCUGGAAAAGGACGUUCCGUCGACGGCUGCGAGUGUUCAGGAGCUUGUUCAGGCCUACUUGGUACACACUACUAUAUCUAGCAAGCACCCGACAGAGAGACUAUUUGACUCGGCUAUUUGGAUCUUUACCGUACAGCAGUGUACGACUCUUACUCUAUCCUAAGUGGUGAGAAAGCUUGAUAUUGAGAUUUUCCUUCCGAUCAUGGAGAUAAUGAUAUAUGUCCAGUAACUCGACUUGCUUCUUCAGGGUGUGAGGGGC